AUGGACGAACACCAGAAAAUAGUCGACGUAAUGGAUCAACAGCAACUCAUGCACAACCAGUUUGAGAGUCAUCAACAACAACAGAAUCUGCUGCUCAUGCAAUCUCAUGAAAUUGAAUGUAUCAUCGCUGAACGACAACGACAAUGGCAAGAAACCAUCGAUCCUCAAAAUCUUGUUGUCGGCAAAGUUAUCGGUCAUGGAAGUGAAGGUGUUGUGUAUAAGGGCUCCUACAAAGGCCAAACUGUAGCAGUGAAAGUUCUUGAUGAUAAUGGUAAAAAGAAGAUUUCGGAAGAUUCAAUGGGGAUCGUUAAGUUAGGUUUAAUGGAAGAAGUUGAAGUGUGGAAAAAUCUUGAUCAUCCAAACGUAACUAAGAUGAUCGGAGCAACCAUGUCCAUGAUCACGUCAGGUAGCCGACACAAGAUCAAGAACCCGAAACCUGAAAACAACUUUUGUGUGGUCUCCGAAUACUUAAAAGGAGGAUCCCUCCGAUCUUAUCUAUUGAAGCUCAAGCACCAAGACAAGAAGCUGCCUUACAAAACUGUCAUUCGAUUUGCUAUUGAUAUUGCUAAAGGGUUGAGUUACCUUCAUUCUCAAAAAGUAAUUCAUCGUGAUGUGAAGCCGGGGAACAUGCUAAUUGACAAAAAACAGACAAUCAAACUUGCGGAUUUCGGAGAAUCAGAAAUUGAACCACCAGAGCUUUUGAUCACAUGUGGUGAAAGGGGGACUCGCGGUUACAUGGCUCCUGAGUUGGUAAGCAAACAUCCACACGGGCGUAAAUGCGACGUUUAUAGUUUUGGGAUAUGCUUGUGGGAGAUUUAUUGUUGUGAUACUGCUUAUACGUAUGAUUUAGGGAUUCUCACACCUGAUAUAUACAAGUAUACGAGACCAAGCAUACCGAGGCAUUGUCCAAGAUCGUUGGCUAAAUUGAUGGAACAAUGUUGGGACAUGGACCCCACAAAGAGACCGGAGAUGAAAGAGGUGGUGGUUAUAUUAGAAGAAAUUAAAAAAUCACUAGAGUUGCUAUCGAGGUGGAGACAUCCAGAGGGAUGGUUCAAGUUAUUCAAGCUUAGAAGAUGA